GAAGCGGAAGCGCGCCGUUGCUAAGGGGAAAAUGGCGGCGGCCGGCCCGGCUGCGGGCCCCGCGGACGAGCUGGUCUCGUCGGUGACGCUGUACCGCCGCCGGCCGCGGCUCCUCCACGGCACCGUGCUGCCCUUCGUGGCGGGGCUCUACCCGGCCUGGCUGUGGCUGUGGGGGCCGCGGGUGUGGGCAGCGUGGGGGGAGGAGGCGGCGGAACACCGGGAGGGCCCCGCGCCCCCCGAGGCCGCGCUGUUGGCCCUGGCCGCUAUCGGCGUGGUGCAUCUGCUGACGGCGCUCUCGGGGCUGUGGUCGGUGCACGCGCACUGCGCGCUCACCUGUGUGCGGGAGCCCAGUCCUAAGAAAGCCACAUUGGCUAAAGUUGUGCCAACCCCAAAUAACGGAUCCGUAGAACUAGUGCCGCUCCACAGAGACCAGGAUGAGGAUGGGCAGGAAGCUCUUUCCUUUGAAUUUCAGAAAAUCAAGUACUCGUAUGAGAUAAAUGGCAAGAAACAAUUUCUUCCUGUAGCUUUCCCUGUGGAGCAUCCCCUGUGUUAUUACCAGAAUGCCCGAGGCUACCAGGAAGACAAAGAGAUUCGAGCAGCGGAGAAGAAAUACGGCACAAACAAGGCUGAGAUGGUGGUGCCAGAGUUCUUGGAACUCUUUAAAGAAAGAGCUACAGCUCCCUUCUUCGUCUUUCAGGUGUUCUGUGUGGGCUUGUGGUGCCUGGAUGAGUACUGGUAUUACAGCGUUUUCACCCUCUCCAUGUUAGUUGCAUUUGAAGCUUCCCUGGUCCAGCAGCAAAUGAGAAACAUGUCAGAGAUCCGAAAAAUGGGCAACAAGCCAUACAUGAUCCAGGUUUACAGAAAUCGGAAGUGGCGACCCAUUUCCAGUGAUGAGAUUAUUCCAGGGGACAUCGUUUCCAUUGGCCGAUCUCCUCAUGAAAACCUAGUGCCAUGCGACGUGCUGCUGUUACGUGGAAGGUGUAUUGUAGACGAAGCUAUGCUGACAGGAGAGUCCGUGCCACAGAUGAAGGAGCCUGUGGAGGAUCUCAAUCCAGAGCACGUCUUGGACAUGCAGACAGACGCCCGGUUACACAUCAUAUUCGGGGGAACAAAGGUGGUGCAGCACAUCCCGCCCCAGAAAGCCAGCACAGGACUGAAACCUGUCGAUAAUGGAUGUGUGGCAUAUGCUCUGAGGACAGGCUUCAACACAUCUCAGGGGAAAUUGCUACGUACAAUCCUCUUUGGGGUGAAGAGAGUGACAGCCAAUAACUUAGAGACCUUCAUUUUCAUCCUGUUCCUGCUGGUCUUUGCCAUUGCUGCUGCAGCAUACGUCUGGAUUGAAGGCACAAAGGAUCCGAGCAGGAAUCGUUACAAGCUCUUCCUCGAGUGUACUUUAAUACUGACUUCGGUUGUCCCACCUGAACUUCCCAUUGAACUCUCUCUGGCUGUCAACACCUCCCUCAUUGCCUUGGCCAAGCUCUACGUGUACUGCACAGAGCCCUUCCGCAUCCCCUUUGCAGGCAAGGUUGAAGUUUGCUGCUUUGACAAAACUGGCACGUUAACCAGCGAUCACCUUGUAGUGAGAGGAGUAGCUGGGCUCAGGGAUGGGAAGGAAGUGACACCAGUAUCUGACAUUCCUGUAGAAACCCACCGAGCGAUUGCUACUUGCCAUUCACUUGUACAGUUGGAUGACGGGACGCUGGUGGGGGACCCGUUAGAAAAGGCAAUGUUGAUGGCUGUGGACUGGACCCUGACCAAAGAUGAGAAAGUUUUCCCCAGAAGUAUUAAAACUCAGGGACUGAAAAUUCACCAGCGCUUUCAUUUUGCCAGUGCCCUGAAAAGAAUGUCUGUCUUGGCGUCGUAUGAGAAGAUUGGCUCGACUGAUCUCUGUUACAUUGCAGCUGUGAAAGGGGCCCCAGAGACGCUGCACAAAAUGUUGUCUCAGUGCCCAAGCAACUAUCAUGCUGUCCACACAGAAAUUUCGCAUGAGGGGGCGAGAGUGCUGGCCCUGGGCUACAAGGAACUGGGGCACCUCACUCACCAGCAGGUGCGAGAGAUGAAGCGUGAAGCUUUGGAGUGCGAUCUCAGAUUUGCUGGAUUCAUUGUGGUUUCCUGCCCUCUCAAAGCUGACUCCAAAUCUGUCAUCAAGGAGAUCCAGAAUGCGUCCCACCACGUAGUGAUGAUAACAGGAGACAAUCCUCUCACUGCCUGCCAUGUGGCCAGGGAGCUCCACUUCCUCCAGAGGGAACACACCCUCGUUCUGCAGCCUCCUGCAAGCAAAGACUCCAGCUGGCAAUGGCAAUCCAUCGAUGGUGCUGUCGUGCUCCCGAUCUUGCCAAGCUCCUUGCGAGAGCUGACCCAGCAAUACGACCUGUGUGUGACCGGGGAAGGUCUCUCUCACUUGCAGGCUGUGAACAGGCAGCAGCUGCUGAAACUUAUACCGCACAUCCAGGUGUUUGCCAGAGUGGUGCCAAAGCAGAAGGAGUUCGUGAUCACUACAUUGAAGAGCCUGGGCUACGUCACGCUGAUGUGUGGGGAUGGGACCAACGACGUUGGAGCUCUGAAGCACGCAGAUGUGGGAGUGGCUCUGCUGGCAAAUGCUCCUGAGAGACUGCCCGAACGGAAGAAGAGACCUCGAGACGGACCCAGCGAUGGGAAGCCUGCUUUGCUGUCAAUGGGGAGCGGGACUGUGAAGCCCACGUCCCGGGGUGCCAAGCACAGAGUCAUGUCCCAAAGAGAGGAACAACUGGCCAUCCAGAGGGAGCGGAUUAGUCAGGUCCUGAAGGAUUUGGAAGAGGAGCGUGUGCCAGUUGUGAAGCUGGGUGAUGCCAGCAUUGCAGCCCCCUUUACCUCCAAGCUCUCCUCCAUUCAGUGCAUCUGCCACGUGAUCAAGCAAGGUCGUUGCACACUUGUGACAACACUCCAAAUGUUCAAGAUCCUUGCCCUGAAUGCCCUGAUCCUUGCCUACAGCCAGAGCGUCCUCUACUUGGAAGGGGUGAAGUUCAGCGACUUUCAGGCAACCCUGCAGGGUCUGCUGCUGGCUGGCUGCUUCCUUUUCAUCUCCAGGUCAAAGCCUUUGAAGACACUCUCCAAGGAGCGCCCGCUGCCAAACAUCUUUAACCUCUACACGGUCCUGACAGUGCUGCUGCAGUUCCUGGUGCAUUUCCUCAGCCUCAUUUACCUGUACCGUGGCGCGCAGGUGCGCAGCGAUUCCAAACGGGAGGAGUUUGUGGAUCUGUACAAGGAGUUUGAGCCCAGCCUGGUGAACAGCACUGUGUACAUCAUGUCGAUGGCAAUGCAGAUGGCCACCUUUGCUAUUAACUACAAGGGCCAUCCUUUCAUGGAAAGUCUGCAGGAGAACAAGCCUUUGCUGUGGAGCAUCAUCCUUUCAGGCCUUGCCAUUGUGGGCCUGCUCACCGGCUCUUCUCCGGAGUUCAAUGAACAGUUUGGCUUGGUAGAAAUCCCUACUGAGUUUAAGAUUGUGAUCACGGAAGUGUUGCUGGCUGACUUCUUCCUCGCCUUGUUAGUGGACCGAAUUCUUCAGUUUCUGCUGGGGAGCGCGAAACUUAAAGUGCCUUCCUGAAACCGGUUACAAGGUCCUCGCCCCCAGCAGUGCUACACGAAGGACAGCACCCAGGGCCGUGUUUUGACAUCACAAGAAUCAUCCUUACUGUUUUAACAAUAACUCUGAUCCUGUUCAGAAACAGGCAUGGGGAAACUUUCUUCCGUAUCCCGUGGAAACCACCUCUGUGAAACAAGACCUGACUUUUUAAUGUUUCCGGGACACGCCACCACCUGUCGGGAGUUUUGUACUGCCCUGUUUGAGGAAACGUUUACAGAAUUUGGUUAACUAAAUCAAAAUCGAUGUAUUUUGAAA